UGGUAAGCUGUGUAGCGUUUAUGUCUCUUCAUUUUCUAUUCAUUUAUCCGGUGGUCGAAAUUAAAAAUAAGAAACUUUUAAAUGUUUAUUUAUUAAACUAGAUUAGUUUCGGUGCUGUGAUUAUUCGAAAUUUUCAGUAAAGGUAAAUUGACAUGUUCAUUACCUGAAACAUCUUUAUGACUGAGGCCCACAUGUCGAAUUUAAUUUUAUUAUUUUAUUAAUAUUUCUGUGUUAAAAGUAAAACGUUUUAUAUUAAAAUGGGUUCCCAACAAAAAGAUAUAGAACUGGGUCAUGUGAAAUUAGAAAAUCGUUCAAAGAAACCUGAAGAAUUUCAAGAAAAUGACGAAGAAGACGUCAUUAUAGGACGAUUUAGAAAAAUAAGUUCUGCAAAAUCUAUGGCUGCAACGAAUGGUAAUAUUCAGUAUCCUACUGAUAUACCGAAGCCGGAUAUAGAUAGUGAAAUUGGUUUGGAGUUUAGAGCCAGAGGUAGUGAGAAAUUAGUUCGUGAGGAAGUGAGCCAAGCACCAGCAUGUGAAAAGUCCUCGAUAACUAAGAGCAGUUUCCGGGAUGUCGAGAAGCCUUCAAGGUUCAAGGACCAACCAUCCGCAACCAGAUUUCAGAUGCAAGAAGAGACGCAACAGGAUGAGGGCACCGAGUCGGAUGGCUCGGGUAUGGAGAGCGACGACCCCCUCACGGCUGCCGACACUAAAUAUGGCAAGAGUUUCAGGCAUUUCACUCGCGAGGCUCUACCUCGACUGGACAACUACAGGAACGUGCUGUCGCUCCACGCGGCGCCCCGACCAACGCUGGAUGAGCUCCACAACGCGUCGCUAUCGAGGAAGCCAGGCCAAACCCUGGAGAAGGAUAUGGACACGACGGCGAUGGCCAGCACCAACGUCAAGUUCGGGUGGAUCAAGGGGGUGCUGAUGCGGUGCAUGCUCAACAUCUGGGGCGUCAUGCUGUUCCUCAGGCUGUCCUGGAUGGUGGGACAGGCUGGUGUGGGUCAAGCAAUACUGCUCAUCCUGACAACAUCGGUGGUGACGAUGAUAACGGCGCUCUCUAUGUCCGCCAUCAGCACUAACGGUGUUAUAAAAGGAGGAGGGACGUACUAUAUGAUAUCGCGGUCUCUCGGGCCGGAGUUCGGCGGCUCCAUCGGGCUUAUCUUCUCCAUGGCCAACGCCGUGGCCAGCGCCAUGUACGUGGUGGGCUUCGGGGAGUCGCUCAUCACGCUCAUACCCGAGUCGGCGUACAUGGUCAGCAAGGAGUGGGAUCAAGCAAUAUACGGGUGCAUCACCAUCAUACUGUUGACGGGCAUCGUGGUGGUUGGCAUGGAGUGGGAGGCGAAGGCUCAGAUAGUUCUACUGGUCAUACUGCUGGCUGCUAUCGCGGACUUCUGUAUCGGGGCCGCCAUCGGGCCCACUAGUGACGACGAGAUCGCGCAGGGGUUUGUGGGCUUCAACAUGACAGUUCUGACGGAGAACCUAUCGCCUAACUACAGAUACUUCGAGGGUGUGCAUCACGACUUCUUCUCCGUGUUCUCAAUAUUCUUCCCCGCGGCGACCGGCAUUCUUGCCGGCGCGAACAUCUCUGGAGAUUUGAAGGAUCCUCAAAAAUCGAUCCCAAAAGGCACUCUCCUGGCGAUAUUGUUGACGAGCCUCUCGUACAUCUUGAUCGCCGUGCUAGCGGGCUGGUGCAUGCUCAGGGACGCGUCCGGGAACGUGCACGACGUGGCCGCGUGGAACAUGACGGCGUGCGGACACGAGUGCGGCUACGGGCUGCACCACAAGAACGAUGUGAUGCACCUGGUGUCGGCGUGGGGUCCUCUCAUCUACGGCGGGUGUUUCGCCGCAGCGCUGUCCUCGGCGCUGGCCUCGCUCGUUUCCGCACCCAAAGUGUUUCAGGCGCUGUGUCAGGACAAGCUGUAUCCGUACCUGGAGUUCUUCGCGAAGGGCUACGGAGCUAACAACGAGCCCGUGCGGGGCUACGUGCUCACUCUGGUCAUAGCGGUCGCGUUUAUAUUGAUAGGUGGUCUGAAUCAGAUAGCGCCGCUGAUAUCGAACUUCUUCCUGGCCGCGUAUGCUCUCAUUAACUUCGCGACCUUCCACGCGAGCCUGGCGCGACCUGUCGGCUGGCGCCCCACCUUCCGAUAUUACAACAUGUGGCUGUCCCUGUGCGGCGCGGUCUCCUGCGUGGCCAUCAUGUUCAUCAUCUCCUGGAGCACGGCGCUCGUCACCAUCUCCUUCCUGCUGGCGCUGUACCUGCUGGUCAGCUACAGGAAGCCGGAUGUGAACUGGGGCUCCACGACGCAGGCGCAGACGUACAAGACGGCGCUGUCAGGAGUACACCACCUCAACCGAGUCACGGAGCACGUCAAGAAUUACAGACCCCAAAUUCUGGUGCUGACGGGAUUCCCGGGUGAAAGACCUUUGCUCACAGACUUCACAUACCUCCUCACCAAGGGACUAUCCCUAAUGCUGUGUGGUCACGUUGUUCAGAGUCAGAUAAAUCAUCGCACGCGGGAAGCGCUCACGAACCGAGCCAACCACUGGUUCAUGAAGCGCAAGGUGAAGUCCUUCUACAGCGUGGUCGACGGCGUCGAUGUUAAGGAUGGGGCCAAUGCUCUGAUACAGGCGAGUGGCCUCGGAAAACUGCGACCUAAUAUUCUGCUGAUGGGCUUCAAGGAGAACUGGCAGAGCUGCUCGCGACAAGAGGUCCUGGACUAUGUGGAGGUGAUGCACAAAGCACUCGACGUGCACAUGGCGAUAGCGGUGCUUCGUGCCGAGGGCGGGUUGUAUGCGAGUGACGCCCUGGACGACGACCUCCAGAGCUGUCUGCAUGACAUGAACCAGAAGGACGCGUCUGUGGUGUCUCGGUCCAUGGGCGACAAUCUGGCGGAGUCCCAGUCGACUGAGAGUUUGAAUGCGCACUCUAGGGGCAGCAGUUUGUCGGAUCUGUCACUGGGGUCACCGGCGCACGUGGCGCGAGACCCCGCCCACAAACAGAACGGCAAAGAGAAAUGCAAGGAAAGUGCGAGCGCGGUGCGGCGAGUGGGCGUGGCCAAGCUGGAAGGUCGCGCGCGGCGCUCGUCGUCGCUGCACUCCGUGGAGCAGCUCACGAGGUCGCGGCGCCACACGGGCUCCGUGGACGUGUGGUGGCUCUACGACGACGGAGGUCUCACCCUGCUUCUGCCGUACAUCCUGUCCACGCGGCGCGCCUGGUCCAACAGUAAACUGCGCGUGUUCACACUCGUCAACAAGAACACCGAGAUGGAUAUCGAGGAGAGGAACAUGGCGUCACUACUGUCGAAGUUCCGCAUCGACUACUCGGCUCUGACGAUGAUACCGGACAUCACGAAGAAACCGAAAGACUCCACCCUGGCGUACUUCGACAAGCUGGUGGCACCGUUCAAGACUAAUGAUAGUAAUGAUCAAGGCGGGAUCACGGAGGCCGACCUGCUGGCGGCGCGGGACCGCACGCACCGCAACCUGCGGCUGCGGGAGCUGAUCGGCGCGCAGUCGGCGGGCGCGCGCCUCGUGUGCGUGACGCAGCCCAUGCCGCGGCGGCGGGGCGUGCCCGCGCCGCUGUACCUGGCGUGGUGCGCGGCGCUCGCCACGGCCGCGCGCACCGUGCUGCUGGUGCGGGGCAACCACGCCUCCGUGCUCACCUUCUACUCGUAACACACCGCUCGCUCGUGUGCGUGACGCAGCCCAUGCCGCGGCGGCGGGGCGUGCCCGCGCCGCUGUACCUGGCGUGGUGCGCGGCGCUCGCCACGGCCGCGCGCACCGUGCUGCUGGUGCGGGGCAACCACGCCUCCGUGCUCACCUUCUACUCGUAACACACCGCUCGCUCGUGUGCGUGACGCAGCCCAUGCCGCGGCGGCGGGGCGUGCCCGCGCCGCUGUACCUGGCGUGGUGCGCGGCGCUCGCCACGGCCGCGCGCACCGUGCUGCUGGUGCGGGGCAACCACGCCUCCGUGCUCACCUUCUACUCGUAACACACCGCUCGCUCGUGUGCGUGACGCAGCCCAUGCCGCGGCGGCGGGGCGUGCCCGCGCCGCUGUACCUGGCGUGGUGCGCGGCGCUCGCCACGGCCGCGCGCACCGUGCUGCUGGUGCGGGGCAACCACGCCUCCGUGCUCACCUUCUACUCGUAACACACCGCUCGCUCGUGUGCGUGACGCAGCCCAUGCCGCGGCGGCGGGGCGUGCCCGCGCCGCUGUACCUGGCGUGGUGCGCGGCGCUCGCCACGGCCGCGCGCACCGUGCUGCUGGUGCGGGGCAACCACGCCUCCGUGCUCACCUUCUACUCGUAACACACCGCUCGCUCGUGUGCGUGACGCAGCCCAUGCCGCGGCGGCGGGGCGUGCCCGCGCCGCUGUACCUGGCGUGGUGCGCGGCGCUCGCCACGGCCGCGCGCACCGUGCUGCUGGUGCGGGGCAACCACGCCUCCGUGCUCACCUUCUACUCGUAACACACCGCUCGCUCGUGUGCGUGACGCAGCCCAUGCCGCGGCGGCGGGGCGUGCCCGCGCCGCUGUACCUGGCGUGGUGCGCGGCGCUCGCCACGGCCGCGCGCACCGUGCUGCUGGUGCGGGGCAACCACGCCUCCGUGCUCACCUUCUACUCGUAACACACCGCUCGCUCGUGUGCGUGACGCAGCCCAUGCCGCGGCGGCGGGGCGUGCCCGCGCCGCUGUACCUGGCGUGGUGCGCGGCGCUCGCCACGGCCGCGCGCACCGUGCUGCUGGUGCGGGGCAACCACGCCUCCGUGCUCACCUUCUACUCGUAACACACCGCUCGCUCGUGUGCGUGACGCAGCCCAUGCCGCGGCGGCGGGGCGUGCCCGCGCCGCUGUACCUGGCGUGGUGCGCGGCGCUCGCCACGGCCGCGCGCACCGUGCUGCUGGUGCGGGGCAACCACGCCUCCGUGCUCACCUUCUACUCGUAACACACCGCUCGCUCGUGUGCGUGACGCAGCCCAUGCCGCGGCGGCGGGGCGUGCCCGCGCCGCUGUACCUGGCGUGGUGCGCGGCGCUCGCCACGGCCGCGCGCACCGUGCUGCUGGUGCGGGGCAACCACGCCUCCGUGCUCACCUUCUACUCGUAACACACCGCUCGCUCGUGUGCGUGACGCAGCCCAUGCCGCGGCGGCGGGAUUUGAUCAAUCGACUCAAUUUUUAAAUAAAUAUAAAUAACGCGUGCUAAUUUAGAAUAAUUUGUAAAUUAUUUUUGUUUUUAAUUAUUAUUAUUGAAUCAAGUCGAAAUUCAAAAUUCUGUCUCGAAAAUAACCUAGAAAGUUUCGAAAGCUUUCUAGGAGUUGCAAUUUUUUUUUAAUCGGUCCAGAAAUGGCCGAGGAACAAUUUAACACAGAAAUCAAUUGGAGUCACCCGGUGGGAACUUCACUCAACUAGUGGUACGGUAGCGACACGACAAUAGCGGUGAAAUGGCGAGCUCUCAGUAUGACAUAUUAUCAUGACCUAAUCUUAGGCCAUCAUGUGAACAGAAUACCAGGCGGAGUAUAUUAUUAUAAUAUACGUCUCACUAGCCUGGCUUGUACCCCUUUGACACACUACAAAUUUUAUUCCCGCAUCUUAAAAUUGUAUGAAAUUGCACACACUUUCGAAAGGAAAAACUGCUAGAAAUAAAGUCCGCAACAAAAUUUCUGUCUUGCCACAGAAUCUACCGCGCCCCAGCAGUGUGUAUAUUCGUAAAAAUAUAAAACUCGCGAGGAACUUUAUUACAAAAAAAAACUUACGUAAACGGUACGAAGGCUUUUACAAAGUGCGUUAAAAGCGUAAGAACUGAAAUAAAAAAGGACUCGAACGCUUAUUAGUUUGUCAGCGUCAUAAAACACGUCGCUUUUUAUCGGUUGCAUUUUUUGUUGGUAGGUUAUGUGGCAAGACACUGAUUAAGUUUCCGAAUUCUUUUGGCGCUGUUAGUUCGCAUAUGCGUGCAACAAUGUACAAUUAUCAUAUUACACAAAAUUUUGAGACAAUAUAAUGCGUGCUAGGCUUAUUUAAACAAAAUUAUACAAAAUGGGUGACAAGAGUUCGGCAAUAUUAUCGAAACUUAAGUAUAUCUCUUUUAACGGUUUCACGGUUCCUUACUUAAAUAGAAAUGAUUAUUUUCGAUAAGUCCCCAAUAGUUGGUCUCUUGUGAAUGGUGAAUGCGAAUACAACCUUGAAAUUGUAAUUAAGAGCAAAUAUUUCUGAUUGAGAAAUAAUCAUCACGAAGGAUAUGUCCGGUAACAAUGAAAAUGUUGUUAAAUUAACCCGCACUUUAUGAAGCCUAACACCCUAAUGACAUGUUAGUGGGCCAAGAACGAACCAGUCAUACAAACCAUAUUUUUGUGUCAAAAUGACCAUCAACAUACUUCUUUCCAUAAAGGCAUAACUCCACUAGCCAUUAUAAUCGUCGAUAGAUGCCAUAUGGUCGGUCCACCGAACUUAACACGCUGUCCAUUUAUUAUAUCUGUAUGUAACUGAUGUUCUGACGUUGACUGUACUUGCCAAUCAAGUACAGUCAACGCCAGAAAGUAUAAAACCAUAAAAAUCACAAAAAUACCAAGAUGUUUAUAUUUUAUACUCGACUUCGUUUGUUAGAGCGAUACUUUAUUGUACAAUAUUGUUAAUUUAAUAUUGUGGUAUACAUUUUAACUUAUGCAAUCAAUGACGUUCUAUACAGAAUAGACAAAUUAAAUGCCAUACAUUGUCGUAUUUACUCUAGUUGCUUAAAAUAUUCUUCAUCAAUCAGCAGCAAUGUAAAUCAUUUAUUCAGUUUAGGUUACGUUUAGUUUUGAACCCAAUUCAGACUGACGGUUGACACACAACUAAGAAGAAAAGUGUGCUUACAUUGUCUUUAAGCACACUAUCCUUAUGUGUGUAUAGAACGUCAUUGUAUACUCCGCCCUUCUUAAAUUGGCACACGUUUUGGCGUACUUGAUACGCUCUAGCCAUUUAAUGAAUGAAUGAGUUUCAUUUCCUGAAGUUUAAUAAUUAAGAAAAAUUAAUAUUUUUUUUUGCAAAAUAUGAAAAAUAGUGAAAAUACAAUAAACAUAAUAUCUAUCGGUUAUUGCUGAUAUUUGUAUAAUUAUGUUAGCUUUUAACUUAAAGAUAAUCGAAAUUGUGCAGGUGGUUAUAUGAAUUUUGGUAAUUGUUUUUACUAUUAGACGGGACUAAAUGUUAUUGGCAUUACCUGCUGAGAAGCAUAUUAUAUUUUUGAUAUUAAUGAUUAUAUUCGCAUUUUGAGCGAGUUAAGAAUAAUUUCAUGCUAGAUCUAUGUAAUAAUUUAAGUGCCUAUUUCAUACAAAAUUUUUCCUGAUGAAUUUAAAAUGAAAUCUCAAUGAUAUAUUUUCUUAAGACUAUGAAUUUGGACGUGAAUUUUGUAAUUUUAUUGAAUCUUUGAUGUAAAAAUCGUAGAGAAUAAAUUAUUAAUAAUCUUAAUUAUAAUUAUUGCGAAAAAUGUAAUCUCUAGUGAGGCUUUCUUUUUAGAAUGUCUUACUGACACAACAUGACACGCUGUAGUAUUAUGGCAAUAUAUUUAUAUAUAAAUAUUUCUUACACUGUAAUAUUGCACACUGUGUGCAUUUUGAUCCAACUUAAGUUGUAGGAUAGUAUUUAUUUAGAUUCGUGACCGUCGUAUAUUUUUUUAAUUUAAAAUAUUAUUAUUGUAUUAAAUGAUUCUUUGACAUAAUUUUUUGACGCACAGUUUGAACUGCUGUGACAUUAUUUCAUUACAAGUACAGGGCCAAAAUUACAUAAUUAUUGUACAUCAACAAAUUUCGUAAUUAAGAAAAACGAUUUUAAAUUUUGGUAUGAAACUUUGUAUCAAUGCAUUUGUUUAUAACCAUUAUGAUGUAAUUCAUACCGAAGUCAGAGGCUUUUACUUUGCGUAAUAUGUGCUUUUAGAUUUUGGAUGUAGGGGACCAAUUUUAUAAGAUUAAUUUCUAAUUAUUACUAACAAACUAUAGCUUAAGUACAAAAAUUAACAAGUAUGUAGGAUAAGUAUAUAAUUAAUUAUUCAUUUUGGCUAUUUAACAUGUUUACCUACAUUCGCUGUAAGAUGCAUUCUAUAAAAAGUUAUAGGUAACUUGUAGACAAAUACUUACAUCACGUGAAAGGCAUAAAGGUAUUUAUUUUCUCAAAACUGAUUCCUUUAGAAUUAUUUUUAUGUCAUUUUAAAUAAUAACUAGAUACCACUACCAUUUCGAAAAUAAAUGGCGCUCUGCGAGAGAAGAAGCGUUUUACGUUAUUUUCAAUAAAAUAUACAAUAAUUCUACAGUCAUAGCUAUUGCUAUAAAAUAACCAUAAUCUAGUCCUAGGCUGUCUGAUCACGUAGAUAUUCAGCUGUGGAGUAGUAGGAUUUACGAUAGGAGCCAUUAACAUCAAAUAAAUAAAUAAAUUAUUAAUAAAACAUUUUAAUUUAUGACGUGUAAGUUGGUGGUACAUAUUAUAUGUACUAAAUUAUCUUCAUAAAAUUGUUCAUAGUAUUAAGAUUAGGACAUUUUGCGAAAAUUUUCAAGCUAUAACUCGAGCAGGCUAUUAAAUAUUUUAAACUUAUUCAGAAUUCAUUAUAACAUAAUUCUUUCGACAUUUUGCCGCACGCUGACUGACUGUACCCUAAUCUCAAUGGAGUCUCGAUAGAAUAUAUAGAUAGCGAUUUGUAUGACACUGUGUUAGUUACUCAAAAUAGAGGUUAAUUCUAAAAUCAAUUUUUUUCGACGUUUUCACAGCUGUCAUAGUCUAUCUACACCAUAAACUUAGUAUACUAGCGUAAUAGACAAACACUCUCCUCAUUAUCGCGAGACUAACUUUAAAAUGUUAAUGUGUUUUAGUUUUACAGAUGUGUUAGUGUGUUAGUGAAGUGUUUAGUAUUUUGCUUUUGGUCAAUGCCUAUGACUAAUAUUGUUUAUCAAUGCGGCGUCAUAUUCACGUAUACAAUAAUAUAUAAUCUAACACAUAUUUUUUUAAAUUAAUAUAACCUUUUAAAAAUAGAGUGUUUACUGCGCAUUUAAAAUGUAAUUACAAAUAUUUUAAUGAAUAUGUUCUAUGAAAAUAAACACCACGAAUGUUGUAUUGUAGAAUCAGUAUUUACCUGUGAAAUGUUUCUUUAUUUGGAUUAUUACUGUAUAUAACAACACAAUCUAAUACAGAACACGACACCAUUAUAUUUUAUAAUUAAUAUCCGUCAAAACACAGUAUAAUUGGAAAAAAAAACACUAAUAUUAAAACGCGGUCCAGUUUGACAGGAGACUAAUGGACACUAAAUGGUUUAAAAACGGUUUCAUGGUCCAUCUAUUCAUUCCGUCUCUUUCUUAUAUUAUUGUCACUUAGGUUUUUGUGUAAGGAUACUUAUCUCACUCUCACAGCGUUCGUCUAGUACGCUAGUAUCCUUUCCGCAACGGCCGUGCCCGCGGGCACUGGUAAUUCAAAAAACAAUGAGAGCGGCUGUGCCGCGGGGCACUCUUUUACCUCAUCCAGUUUUCACCCUUAUUAGGUGUACAAGAUGGUUUAUUUGCCUACGCAGUUAUGAACGAGUGAAUUCCCAAACACAUUUCGAUCCGUUACGAUUCAAGGCCACCAAUAUUCGACGUCAUAGCUUUACGGACAAAGCACUUAUGUGUCCACUUGUUCCCGGCCGGCGCAGCGAGCGGUCGUUAUCAAGACUUUACACGAAGAUCGUUCUUUGUGGAGAUUUAAGCUUAAUUUUAUAAUUAACAUAUACUAUUCAUUACAAAAACAUAAAAGGAAAUAAAUAAAACAAGUAAUUAACAAUAAUAACAAUAUUUAUUUUAAAAUAUACCUAUUUUUACACUUUUUUUCGAAUGAAAAGUCUUUGUGAAAUAAAAAAGAAAGACAAUAUGAAUAAUUUAUACAUGGUCUUAUAGCUUGUUUCAAUAGCUUUCAGUGACAGUCACUCAAAUCACCCUAGUUAUAAGCAUUUUAUAACUACACGUAAAAUAAUACACACGGGGAAAAUGCCGCGAAAAUGCCGGAAGCUUGCCGAUCUACAGUGUACAGCGAGAUCCGGAGCGCGCCGAUGCGGAAAGGGUAUACUAAGUUUAUGAUCUAGACGUAUAAUUAUUGAUGUAAGUAUUUGUCAUUUCCAACUCAGUCAUUUGAAUAAAGGGAUCCAAAAUUGUGGCGAUUACCAAAACACACCAGUCACCAGUCAUGACGCACGGUCGACGUGCAAAUUAUUUUUUGCAUUAAAUGAGUAUUUGAUUUAGAAUUAAUGUGCCUGUUUUUAUAAGACUCAUACGCUUACAAGUUACCCCUUUAAAUAAAGUUUACAGAAGUAAAUUAUUAUUAUAUAUUAUUGUGUUGAUUUUAAGUAUUCGCCACGCGUCACCAAGAAUAUAUUUAAAACAAAACAACAUAUUACAAAAAAUAAUCAAUAAUAACGAAAAGUCACCAAAAUUUAGGCAAGAAAAAAACAGAACAGAUAUUUUUGUAACAAUAUGCACGUGGCGCACGUAUCAACAUGAGAUGGAAGGCGAAUUUUUUAUUUCCUUGGGCGUUCAAAUAUGACGCCAAUAUUGAGUAAGCGAUAGACGAAUAGGAGAGCCACCAUUAACAAUGUCUCUCCUAACUCUUUACAUGAAUGAGUUUAAAAAAGUCCUUAAAUUACUGUAAAAUUUAAUUCUUGUUUCGUAUACCGUAAUAAAGCUCGAUGACCAUAGCUUUAUUCUUUUUAAACGGGAAAACUUUUACAAACCACAUGAAUGCUAAUCUAUGUUCAUUCUGUGUACCUACUAUUAUAUAUUAUAUACUACAUUGUACCUGACGAGUAGGGACAACAACAUAAACCAACACAAAAAUAUUUGAAUGAGAUUUUUUUUGGAUAAAUGACAUUAUUAUGAUUAAAAUUGAUUGUAAAUUAUUAAUUUAUUUUUACAUACACAUUUACGAAUACUUUGUGAAUUGGACAUAAAUAUGAACAUUUGGUAAUACAUGUAUGAAUGUGACUGUACUUUUGUGUAAAUGUUUCAUAUAUAAGUAGGUAUGUCGACCACUUUCAUUGUGUAUCUCUAUUAUUUAUUGAUUUUUGUCGUUAAUUAUUGUCAUUCUGUGACUGUGGUUGCCGUAAUAAAUUAUGUGAAAAUAUUUAUACCUC